UUCAUGUAAUGCAGUUAGUAGUCCUUGUCAGUCGGAAACAUUACCCUAGUGAGAAGGAUCGGUAUGUUGGGUGGUGUACCUUCUCAGCAGAGUCGGGUAUGUUGCACACGGACAGAUGUCAGACGACACCUGUCUGCGGGUGGGCAUACACUGGAUCCCAUCUGCCAAGCAGCUUAUGAAAAUAAUGUACAAGAAGUGCACAAUCUGCUGCAGGAAAACAGCAAGAAUUUAAACAUCCAGGACAGCUGCUACGGAGAUACAGCCCUAAUAGCUGCUUGCAGACACGGUCACCUCAGGACUGUCAAGUACCUUUUGCACCAAAAAGCAGAUACAAAUAUAAAAAAUGAGAAAAAGAGGACGUGUUUGCAUUACGUCAUCCGGAACACAUAUUCUUAUGUGGACUAUCUGAUAAUAAUCAUCCUGAUGCCUGUUUUAUUAAUAGGCUUCUUUAUAAUGGAACAGAAGAAGAGAAGGACUGCAACUCUGGUGUCAAUGAUCCUGAACACAGGCGUGGAUGUCAAUGCUGUUGACUAUAAAGGCAACACAGCCCUUCACUAUGCUUGCAAAAUGAGAAGUACAAAAAUUGUUCCUCUUCUCAUGGAAAAAAACGCAGAUCUUACAAUAAAGAACCAGGAUGGGGAGUCUCCACUGGAUAUUGCAGAGCGGUUAAAAUUUCCAAAGAUUGUCCAAAUGCUGAAGAAAUCAUCUUGAUUUGGACCUGUAAUGGUUUCCAACACUGAACACUUUCUUAGUCUAUUGUAAAUAUAAUCACAUUUUCAAUAAAUUAAAUACAAACCCAACCAGCUCUUAACUCUUAUUCAGGGUGUACAAAACAUAACUGUGCAGUCUUCCUCAAUUUAUUUAAUAAUACAAGCACUGUAAGUGGUUGAAUGUAUAAGUAGUUAAAAUCAAAUAGAUUGAGCCUUGCACGGACUGUACCAUGAUGCUGUUGUAAAAAUAAAUAUUGUACAACACACCCUGGACAGUAUUGUUACUAUUGCAUAUCAUAGAAUUAUAACCUGAACAAAUGAUUCAGUACUAGGAGUAAAGGUUUCAGUACUGCAAGUGUCAGUAGUAUUGUUUUUAGUGAUGUCCAGGUGAACAGCUGUCUGUAUAUAUAUUAUGCUAGCAGAGGAUACCAAAAAACACAUUAUGUACUGCAGCUACUGU